AUGGGAAUGUCUCUCAACGACAAAAUUGACUCACUUAAAAACUCUGAUAACUCACAAAAUGACUCUAAAAUCGACGACCUUAAAUCACAAUUGAAAGAUCAUGUUGCCAAGUAUCAUUCCCUUUCUGAGUCUGACAGGACUGCCCAACUCAAGGACAUCCGCUCCAGGAUGGUGUCUCUUGCUGAGCUCAGUGGCAAGCUUGGCCAAUUUAUUGGCCCUGAAAAGGCUGUUACUGACGCAAUUAAAAAUGGUAUUGACAUCAUUAUCAACAGUGACAAUGACUUCAAAAGCCUUAAAAACUCUUCGUCUUCGACUGUGCAGCCUUCCGCUGCCGUGUCUGCUGGGCUUAUAAAUGAUGGUGAGCUUAGCAGUAAAAUUAGGCAUUAUGAGAAAGAAAUUGCGUCUCUUUCCGCUGAGAUAGAACAACUUAAAAAGCAAAAAACGUCUGUCCCCGAUGACCUUAAUAAGUCUCAUGAGUCUCAUCAGUCCAAGUUGGAUGCUCUUCAGAGGCUGAGUAAGCUUAAUGAGUCUUUUAAAUCUCUUGGUAGUAAUAAUAAUGAUGCUUGUGAAAGCCUUUUAAAUAACCUGUGCUCCGGCUUGGAGAAGUUUCUUGGUUACCAAGAAACUUCCAAAGGCUACUCGGGCACUGGCAUCGUGUACUCGGACCUUGACAGGCUGUGUGACGGGGUGAUGUCUUUCCUUCAUGGAGUUUUACAUAACAUUAAGCCUAAAUUAGGCUUACAUAAAGAGUCUAUAAAAAAUGCAAUUGAGUCUCUUAAGCUUCAUAAAAACUCUGGCAAAGAAGGUUUUAAUGAAGCGAUUGGCAAGGUGGUCCAGGGGGUGAGGGAGUAUAAUGAGGGUGUGAAGGAGUCGAACAAAAAGGUGAGUGAUGUUAUUGAGACGUUUACUGGGCAAAUGGAAAAGAUUCCUGCAGCCGUUGAGAAUUUUACUAAUUAUAAUCAUAUCCCGCAAAUUGAUGAGAAGGUUUAUGACUGUCUCCAGCAGGCUGAGAAGUACAAGCAGGGAAUGGAAGACGAAGUAAAUAAUAUUGGGGAUCUUCAAAAGGAUCUGCAGACUAAGAUCAAUAUGAAAACUGCAAUAAUUGCAUAUCAGGCUGCGGAAUUGAAAAAGAUCCACUCAAGGCAGAAAGAGGAUUUGAGAUCAUUCACCGGCGUGGUUCAUAAGCAGCUGAAUGAUGCGAAAGAACAGAUAAAUCUGACAACCUCGGAGAGAAUUAGGGCGUUUGUUAGUGAAGUUAAUAGGCAGAUUGGGCUUCUUAAACAUGGGAUAGAGAAUGUUAAUAACACAUUGAAGAAGUAUGUUGAACUGUUGUUAAAGUGGAUCGAAAAAGCUGAUGCAGCUUUGGGUAAGUCUAUGCAGAAAGUAAGUGAGAUCAUUAAGGAAGCAAGUGGAACAUCGGAGAAGCAGCAUAAGCAAAAUUUACUUAAAGCUGUUAACGAAUUAAAGGAGAAGGGUUUGGCGUUGUAUAAGGCAUAUGAGUUGGCGACAUUUAAGCUACGCCCAUUGAUGGAAAAUGUUAGCACUGCCGUCAAGGGAUUGGAUCAGAAAGUGCAGGAGGAUUUGAAGACAUUGAAAAAGGCCAUCGAUUUGGAAAUUGGGAAGUAUGCUGACUGGGCGAAAGCAGAGAUUAGGCAGUUGAAAGAGAAGGCUCUUGAUCAGACUUCUGGUGGUGGUGAAGAAAGUAUCCAACAUAAUUGGGGAUAUCUCAAACGGACAAUUACGAGCCUUGUCGGUAACAUUUAUGGUAAGGCAGGCGAUUCAAAUUAUAAAGGUCUUCAAGGGAUCGUCGACGCAGUAGGGGAGUAUGCUGCGGAGUUUGGCAAUGGUCAACUUGAAAAUGUAGUAAAAGAGUGGGUUGGAAAGAUAUUGGAUAAGGAUGUAGUGGUAAAAUAUAGGCUGGGAGAGUUUGUUAAGGACAACAAUACGUAUUUCCAAAAACCGACGUAUAAAGAUAAGAACGAUCCGACAUUGUUACAAAACCCAAUUAAAGACGCGAUUAAAGAUGCGCUUACAAGUGAAAUCGCCGACGCCGUUAGAACUUUUGCUGGAUCACGCGGUGAAAAGAUUGAUAAAAAUCUCAAUACUGUACAGAGUGUUUGCGAGAAGUUUGCGGACGCGCUUGAAGCAAAAAUUAAGGACGGAGAAACAAAAACUUAUAGCACUAAUCCGUUUCUCUCUGCUGUUGUCUCGUCGAUUGAGAAAGAACUCAAUGCCGAUGCGUCCAAUUCCAGUUAUGGCAAUCAUUAUCUCAUAUCGGCUCUCCGUGCUAUCCUCCCAGCUCUCGCCACCAGCUCUCGGCAGGCUGCCGCGGAACUUAACAAAUUUAGCUCAAUGUCCAAAAUCGGCAAAAACGUUACUGAAGCCAUGAGCAAAGUUGAUGACAUCAAGAGGCAAUUUGACGGCAAGACAGAGGGGUAUGGGAAGAAGAUACGUGACGCGUUGACUACCUUGAUGGAACCCAUUGAGGAGCUCGACAACACUCUAUCCAGUGACGUUAUCGGGAGCUACAUUGACAACGCUAUCUCACCGUAUUUUAAAAAAGGUAAUGAUGUAAGAAUAAAAAUGCUUGCAUACAGAGAUCACGUUAAUGAUAGUGGCCCAAUUGACAAUGCCAUAAAAGCGGUUAGUGCGCAAGCCCUGCAACCCAUUACAGACGCCGUUAGAGAAAGCAAGGCAAGUAAGGGCAAUAUGACAGCCAAACAUUCGGAAGCCGUGCGACACCUCAACUCUCUGUGUAACACAAUUUUAACAGCGGCCAGAGAUGAUGAAGAUGAAGGCCUAAACAAAAAACUAAUUCAACUGCAACAAUUGAUCGAUGAAGAUGAAUGUACCAUUAAACAAGAGCAGCAGAUGGGUUUGAGAAAGAUUAAAGAUGAUCUUAAUACGCUUCGAAAUGAUUAUUUACAACCUCUAAUUCAACAAACCCAAGACAUGGCUGACCAUGCCUCUGAGAAAAGUGAGCAAAUGAUCCGCGAACUUUCCGAGCACGUCGGCCUAAAAAUCAAAACAGCAGAAACCGCCGUCACCCAGGAUGUUCAAACAAAAUACGUCGGUUUUAUGAGGUCCCAACUUAACGCCUUUGUUAUAAAAAUAAGCGAUGAAUUAGGAAGCCUAACUAACGACAUCGCCAAAGACGCCGAUAAGGACUUCAAAGGUUUCAUGCAACUACUACGUCGGACGCUGGAAUCUAGUCCAUUAGGUAGCCAGUUGGAUGAAAAUUCUGCUCUCCUCGACACAUCCUUUAAACUGAAGCAUUUCUUCUCAGAUAUACUGGAUGCUUUGAACAAUAAUAAGGACAUUAUUACGAAGUCCACUAAAAUCGAGCAGCUACAAAAAACACUUGACACACUUUUUACCGAUCUGUCGAAAUAUAAUACAAAAUUUGAAAAGGAUCUCACCGCAUUAAAAUCGCUACUAAACAGACUCCGUCCGUCGUCGUACGACGAGGAGCGCAAUCCGUUGUUGCACAUCCUUACUAAAGGCGUUCAAGGUUUGCACGAUGAACUUGAUAAAGCCUAUAUAUCGGUAUACGACGGUGACACUGUUGAGUGGGAUUAUGACAAAAAUCCUGAAAAGGAAAAAUGCGCCAACGUCAUUCUCACUACGAUUUCCGUCCUCUUCGAGGAGUUAUAUUAUUUAUUCUUCCAGUGUUCAGCGGACUGGAUAGCUCACGCCAUACAAAGAGGCCAAGGCAGAGCGAACGGUGCUUUAAGAAAAUAUUUAGAGGAUCAAGGCUUUGAGACUGCCAGCCUCAUUACCAGACGCAACCAAGGUGGCGAUGUAAAAAGCAUUCUCACCAGAGCAUUCUCAAAUUACACUGAUUUCCAAACCUCCCUCACCGGAAAGCACAUAGCUAUUUCCGCCUACCUUGAUUCCAUCAAGGAUACGCAGGGGCCUCUUUGCACACUUUACCGUCACCUAACGAUCUACUUCAACGUCUGCCAUCUUACGCUGCCGAAAUCAAAAACAUAUCCUUGCACUAUUAGAGACAUCUGUGCUUGGAUUUGUGGGCUUCCAUAUACUGCCGUGUAUAAAAAUGUUAAAACGUACUGCAAUGAUCUACUUAACAACGAUGAGUCGUACAAGACAGAUGCCGUCCUGCAACCCAUCCUAUACGCCGACCUACCGUACAAUUUACGUCUAACUGCACAAGGUGCUUACAACGUACUCAUCACAAUAAGCGGCAACGGUCAAGGAGCAGAUAACGCCGACUAUCCUUAUGCCUGCAAUUACUGUGACAACUCGCGUAAUUUCUACUACCCUAGCAACGCCGCAGAACUAUUAGACAUGCUUAGAGAUGUAUGUAAACGUCUGUUGUCUUCAUUCUAUUUUCUAUACAACAAGUGCCAAUACACUGUGACCCAGGGUAACGGUUGGUCCGACUGUGACUACGGCCAUCAAGUGCCCGGUUAUUACUGGAAUUGCGAUCCAUCUAGCCAUAAGUCAAAUGCCCAACCAAACACUAAACCAAAGUGCUCACCAAAAGGCCAAUCAACGUGCCAACCAAAAUCGCCCCUGCAAGCUCACUUAACUGACAGCUUACCCGGCUGCCUGCCACAUAAAUUGAUGUCCGUUGGUUGUUCAGCUAAAUGUUCCACAUGUCCUACUAGCAAACCAGGCCAGCAAUGUAUUACUCCCAUGGGCUUUGGGGAUUUGUCGAGUUCUGCAUCUAUAACCGGCCGCGGUAAGGACAUAUGCAAGGUGCUGUAUGACUUUUGCGGCAAUGCCGCUUCCCGUUACCAUCAUUACUCCGUUGCCUAUUGUCGGUGA